AUGAAUCAAAAGAAUAAACAAAGUGCAUUUUCUUCAACCAUUAUAUUUAUAUUAUCAGGUGUUAUUGCAUUAGUAAUUGCCUGUGUUGGUUAUUUGUUCUAUAAAGCAUCUCUUUUCACACAAUUAUUAGAUCAACCUAUUCCAUAUGUUCCUGAUGAAAAACUCGACUCAGUUCUUAGAAGAUAUACCGAAGAAGAAAAGCAUAAAGAGAUAUUACUGAUAUACGGACCUCCAGGUGUUGGAAAAACACGUGGAAUCCUCGAGUUUUCUCAAAAAUACAGAAAGGAAGGCAACUUAGUGAUUGACUUCGACUUAAUUACAUACUCGAACUAUGCAACAGAAAAAGAUUUGAUAGAUCACAUUUGUACAGCGAUAAUUCAAGCAUUUAGAGAGAUUGACGGUACGCCAUUCAAAGCUGCAGCCCUUAAGGAUAUCCUUGAUCGCGUUGCUUCUACAACAUCUUUUAUCGCUACGAAUAAAAUCGGAAAACAUUAUUUCCUCGGUCUCAUUCGUGAUCCUCUUCUCCAGAGAGCUGCAUCAUAUCUUAUCUCCGCUGUUGAAACUUCCACAGAAAAAGGCGCAAAUCUCAAAGCAGCAACUUUAUACGAAGCAUUAGAGACUUUGAACGAAGCUCUUCAUUCAUUAAUCGUUAUCCAUGAACCAUACAAACUCUACCAGACGGAAGAUUGCAAGAAUUACUGCGUAGAAACAACACAAUUCUUCAGCAAAUUAUUUGCAAGUUCAGAACGCGCAUUUACAACAGGUGUUGUCUUCGAUGUUGCCAACCAGACAAAGCUUCCUCUUUUCCAUAAGCAGGGAAUCAGAUUCGUCCGAGUUUUGGAAUUUUCACAAGAAACAGGAUCAAACGCUCUUUACAACAUUUUCAGAGCACCACAGUUCAAAACAAUAUACCAGACAUUCGGCGGAAUCGGUCUUUACUUCGCACGUGUCAAUGAAUUACUUUUGAGUGGAUAUACUCUAAUUGAAGCUCAAAAACUUCUUCUUGACGACAUUAAAUACAAAGUUACAAAGGUUAUCAACACUGCUGAAGAUCAGAAAGCAAUGAAAGAAGUGUUGAAGACAUUAGUUCAAAAAGAUCCGAAAAAUUCAAACGCUCCUGAUAAAAUUAGAGAAUCUCUUCUUGCUGAGGGAUUGUUCUACUACUCCAAUGAUAGCUUGGACACUCUGAUGCCUUCUUCUACUGCAGUUGUUACAGCAAUCACUGAUGUCCUCAAAAUUUCAAAGAAAACAGCUGCAAAGGCAAAAUAA